GACCUCCCUCUGAACAUCUCCCUCCUCUUUAUGGCUACGCAUCCCCCCUUCGGCCUCGCCACCAUCUUCAAUGACUCUGCCUCGUCCCUGGUCGCUACAUUGGACACGAAUGAGUCGGAAAUCAAUUUACUCAUUGGAGUAGUAGGCAAGGUAAUAUUUGGUCGACGUCUUACAGUUGCAUCCACGUUUUUGUAUGCAUGGCACCUACUUACCACGUUGUCGGAUGAAGUAGAUUUGGUAUGGAGCGCAGCAUUUAGACUCCCCAAGUUCUUGUUCCUCUUUAAUCGCUACUUCGCACUUCUGGGAUGCGUGGUCUUGUCAUACUUUUCUGUCAAUACUACUCAGACACGUUUACUGUGCCAUGCUUGGAAUAUAUCGUCAACCAUAACCGUAUUCUUGCUUUGGCUGAAUGCUGAGAUGAUUUUACUUCUUCACGUAUUUGCGAUAUACGGAUUUAAUAAAGUAAUCACAUGGCCAACUGGGUCAUUGUUUCUCAUGGUGGCCUUAUUUGCGUUCAGCGUAAAUACGGCGAACAUUGCGCUCAUUCAAAUUGACCCUCCCGAGCUCGGCCUUUGCAUAGACACAAACUUGACUAUUAACAACUAUGCCUCUAUCUCGAUCCUGGUUUUGGAUGUGAUCAUUAUUGGGCUCAUAGCUUACAAGACGAUUAAAUACAACAUGAACUCUAUCAACGCGCACUGGAGUGGGGCUAAUCUUUUAAAGUUGGUUUCUCAAAGGGCGUUGACGUGUUACGUUAGUAUACUUGUUUCACAGGUGCUAUUGUUGGUCCUAUCAGUGGCGGAUGCCAAUCCCGAUGCAAACAUCAUUGGGGAGUGCAUAAUGAUCUCUAUCUUUCCGAUGGCCAUCAAUCAUCUGGUGCUGAGCCUGAG